AGUUGUUGAGAUACUCCGUUUCGUCCGAUUUUUGCAAUUUAUUUUGCCAAAGAUUUCACCUAAAUAAAUUACAAAAAAUGUUUACGUACCUAGUGCUUUUAUAAAACUUUAGUUAUGUUGAGUGUUCACGUAACAAAACCAUCAUAUCAAGUUGUACUUUAGGCAUAUUGAUAAUAGAAUGAAUAUCUGAAAUACAGAAAAUGCUUACACGACCGCAAUUUUGAUAAGAGUUUCUUUUAUCCAAGUCUGGAUAGAUCAUAAAAUUUUUAAUGGAGCCAGAAUUUAGUGCCUUGAAUAUGUUCCAUAUUUCGAAUUGCUGUCGGGCUUGUAUGAAAGCUGAUUCCAGUUUGUUAUCCUUAUACGAGAAUAUAAUGGUGGACCAACAAGUUUUUCUCAUAGCUGAAGCUCUGAUGAAUUGUACAGGGAUGACGGUCAUGCAAGAUGAUGGUCUACCGAAUAGGAUUUGCCAUGAUUGUGCUAAGACUCUUGAAACUAUAUGUGCUUUUAAAAUUAGAGCUUUGGUCUCUGAGACAGAAUUCAAAAAGCUUAUUAACUCUACACCUAAUGGAAUAAAGGAUCAAGUGAUCAAGUCAGAAAUGAAAUUAGAAGAAGAUGACGACAUAGGAAAUGGAGACUUGCUAUUAGAGGACCUAUCUGAGUACACUCCCUUAGAUUUACCAAAACAAGAGUGUGAUACUAAAAUAUGUUUUGAUGAUAUGGUUUCACAAACUCAGACUUAUAAUUGUGAAUUGUGUUCUAAAAAGUAUACAAAAGAAGAUAAGUAUCUUAAGCAUAUGAAGUCACACGAGAACCCCAUGUAUUGUGAUAUUUGUAAGGAUGUCUUUUACAAUAAAAGAACUCUUAAUAAGCAUAUAAAAAACCACAGUUCUGGUGUAUUUAAAUGUGAUUACUGUGAUGAAGAGUUUGAUUUAGAGGCAUUAUUUUUGGAGCAUGUUGCAAGUCAUGCAGAGAAAGUUAAUGUUAAAUGUCCGAAAUGUGAAGUUUUAUUCAGUAGAAGAGGUGCUUUUAUUACACAUUUGAGAAAGGUUCACGAGAAUAAAAUAAAAUGUGACAUUUGUCAAAAAGAUUAUUCUACAAAAUCUCUUCUCAAAAGACACAUGAAGCUACACAGGAAUGAACGCCCUUACCAAUGUACGAAAUGUGCCAAGUCCUACAGCCGCCACGAUCAGUUGUUGCAGCAUAUGAAAUGGCAUGAUGGGAUCAAGCCCUACAUUUGUAGCUUCUGCAGUAAAGCCUUCAAUCAACUUUGUAGUUUAAAAGAUCACAUACGGACGCACACGGGCGAGACUCCAUACCUCUGUUCUGAAUGCGGCAAGAGUUUCACCAACAGUUCAAACCUGCGGCAACAUUUGAUGCGACACAGUGGGGUUAAACCGUUCAAAUGCAAUUUAUGUCCAAAAUCAUUUACAACCAAAGGUCAGAUGACAUCCCACUUGACAACUCACACCGGAGUCCAUCCUUAUAAGUGUGAACAAUGCGAGAGUACAUUCACUAAAGCUAACUCACUGAAGAAACACAAACUCAUACAUUUGGGAAUAAAACCCUUUCCCUGUGACAGUUGCAAUAUGCGUUUCUCAUGCAAGGAACACCUAAAGCGCCACAAUCGUAUACACACGGGCGAGAAACCCUACAAGUGUCAGUAUUGCGAGCGCGCCUUCUCCCAGAGCAAUGACCUCGCCAAACAUAUCCGCACGCAUGUUGGACAAAAUAUAUACCAAUGCACAGUCUGCAGUAUGAGAUUCAGACUUAUCAGUGAACUGAAACAACACUAUCCCACCCACUACGUCAACGGAGAUGACAUUCCCAAAAUACCCAUCAGCAAAGGAGUGGAAGCUCCCGUCCUGAUGAUCAAGCCUGAAGAAUCUACGCCCGUAGUGACAUGCGAUCCGAGAAUAACGAUUACUAUAAAUAGCAACGGUCUGGAUAAAAAUGGUUUAGCAGGUGACAUUACUAUCGAUUUGUCCCCUGACAAGAGUUAACAAUUUUUGUUGGUAAAUAUGUUAAUAACAUUAGUUUUAAAAAAAGAAGGGAAAGGCUAAUGGACUUAAGAUUCUUCUUUUAGGCGAUGGGUUAGCAACCUGUCUCUAUUUGAAUCUAAUUCCAUCAUUAAGUCAUACAGCUGGACAUAGCCUAUCAGUCUUUUCGAAUAUUUGGCUCUGUCUUCUCAGUAAGGGACAGAUACGUGAUUAUAUUUAUGUAUAAACGUUAGGUAGUAUAAUGAUUUAAAAUACAAUUAAUGAAAAUGAUAAAUAAUAUAAUUUAGCUGUGAAUAUGUGUUAUAAAAAUAUGAUGUGUUUAAUGAACACUUUUUGUGAUAACUCGAAUAUAGUUACUAGAUUUUAAAUUAGAGGCUAUAUAUUUAUGUACACGAUUUUAAUUAGUUUGAAAAUUAUAAGUUCUUAAUGCGAAUCAGAUUGAGCAUGGCGCAAUCUUAAUAAUAAUAUAAGUAAACAUUCAAUAUUCAAAGGCCCAUACUAAGUUUUAUUUACAUACCAAUACAAUACAUCACUACGCUAUUAAUAUCUUUGAAAACAGAAGGAAUCGAACCACGACAGUGUGGCGACGGAGUCUAUGGCGCUUAUUGAUGUUAAAAAAAACUGUUUGCACUUGCACUAUGUCGAAAAGGCGCUUGCUUACAGAACUUCCUUUCGCUUCAUUUUUCCAGGGACAACGCUUGAUUGCAUACAAGUUGAUGUAAAAUAAUAAAUAAAAGAGUAUGUUACAGUUAACGUGGCUUAAAAGUCUUUUCAUGUCGGUUGGCUCAGUCUACCUGCAAUGAAUAUAGACGUGACUAUAUGUAUGUAAAAGAAUGAAGAAUAUACAAUCCAUUCCCUUCCUUCAGUUAUCAGCGGGCUUGUAAUUUAUUUUCAAACAUUUAUCGUCCAAUUUUUACAGUUUAACUUAACGAAGUUCUCUUAGUGUAAAUAAGUAUCCAAGUCGUCGGAAUGCCUUAUUUACAAUAUAUCUUAAAAUGUAAACUUUUAAGAACUAAGUAAAUAAGUACUAGGUAUUUUAUUCGUUUUCUUAGACUGAUCAAAAUUGUAUUUACUUUUAUGCUAAGUAGAUAAGUAUACUUACUUACAUUGAAGGCUGCUUUGAAAAAAGUUUAACGACGGAAGAAUUAUCUUUCGAAAUAAAAACUGCCGCCAUUAUAUAAUUAUAAUAGUUUUGUGUCAUUGAAAUAAAAGUUUACUACAAUUUCUAUAAAGAUAUUGACUUUGUAUCGAAUAGUUGUAUAAUAUAAUUUAUAUUCAACGAUUUAUCGCCCAGCCGGUACACUCAAUUUUUGGAAUUGGAAACACUAUGUGCCUUAAUAUUUCUAUUUCUUUACUCAUCAGUAAACUAAUAAUUUUUGUCAGAUGUGUUGCAAAAUAAAUAGCUAGAAACAUUUUGAGGAUUUCACAAAACUAGCGCAAUUUCAUAGGAUUUGUUGUAAGCCGAGCUUUACUUUACAAAUUAUAUUAAAAAUGAAGGGAAUAAAAUACUUAAACAUAAUGAGGCAAAUUACUAUGUACAAAGUUUUGUUAAGUAUCUUGAAUAGUAAAUUAAUUUAUUGAUUUUCACUCAUUCGUUUUAUAAUAUUGUCAUGAUCAUGACAUGUUAUUAGGCUCAGUUAUGUAUCAGCAUAUAAAAAUGGUGUUGAUUAUA